UUAAAUUGUCUGUCGUCAUUUUUAAAAACACGAAAAUUGCAGAUAUUAAUCCUCCUAAUCUCUGCAACGGUCUUAGUCCUGGUCCGCCCACAACUGUCCUGGUCAAGCGUCUCUAGGAUGACCAUCCAGCGAAGCACUAACUGCGAAUCUUUAGAGCCGUCAUGUUUGGAUCCUCUAGCAACAAAAUUCAACAGAGUGGAGGACAUUUUUUGUAUUAAAUUACCCAAGUUCGUUCCGGGACUCAAAAAUCCAUGUUUUUACGAAUAUGUUGAAACGAAUAAAAAGAAGCUACGCUGUCUGCCAUACUUUUAUAUCAUCGGAAUGGACAAAAGUGGUACAACGGACCUCCAUGGUAGGAUGCUCAAACAUCCGCUUAUCUUAAGCAACACUGGAUUUUUGCAAAAGGAGACAACCUUUUGGUCUUGGUCAAGAUACGCUAUAUGGAAUAAAAAUAAAACUGGCAAGGAAAAGAUUACAUUGGACAUGUACAUGGACAUGUUUUCGCAAACUGCUGAACAAAUUGAAAACGAAAACAAGGAAAUUAUUACAGGUGACGCUACUCCGAUGGAUCUCUGGGACUUCCGGGGCUGGCCCAUGAUCCCCCAGAAUGAAGGGCUAAAUGAACCACACAUCCUGACGCCCCACUUUUUCAAGUACAUUUACAAAGGGGCGCCCAAAUUAAUCAUACAGUUCAGGGAACCGAUUGAAAGACUCUACUCCGACUACGUAUUCCUGGAAUAUGGCAAGAACCCUCUAGAAUUCCACAACCACACUCUCCAAGCCAUAGACAUGAUGAACGCCUGUCUCAAGAACCACUCAACCAGGUUCUGCUACUUUGAUUUUGACUUGUACCAGAAGCUACCGGUCAGAAUCCAUCUUGGGUGCUACUCGGUGUUUCUCAAAGAAUGGUUCCGGGUUUUCCCGAGAAGCGCAUUUCACGUGACGCGCACAACUGAAUACAAAAACGACAUGGAGGGGACCCUGAAGGGUGUGUUCGACUUCCUGGACAUACCUCCCCUCACAAGUUCAGAAAUUGAAGACAUCGUGAAUAUGGCUAGGCGUCGGGUGACGGUUGAAAAGAAGGGCGUGGCACUUCCGGAAACAGUGAAAGUCUUGCGGGAGUUCUACGCUGAUUGUAACAAGGAAACGGCUGAACUGCUGGGAGAUGACCGUUUUUUAUGGAAGGACCACUACUCUUGA